ACACACAGCCCAAAAACGAGCGCGCGGCCAUGUUGAAUUGUCAAUAUUCCGAAAGAAGAGACAAAAGAGUGAAAACUCGGCGGAUUUCUCGAAACAGCGAUUGUUUACCAAACUCCAUUAAACUGCCGAUGAAACGUUUAGCGGCGGCGCCGCGGGGGAGACUUUGUGUGGCUGUGGCAAAGUGAAGGUAACCUGGAUUAUUUUUUUUUAUUUUGUUGAUCAGCCAUUCCCAAAGCACUUUGCAGACUUUGCAGUCAUCUCUACUUUGGCUGCAGAAGUGAAGGAAACCGGAACAAGAUAACCAGACAUUUAAGGGGACUCUCCAUGUAAAAAGCAAACACGAAUUGCCAGAGUGACUGUUUUUGAGCCUCAGCAAAGACCGUUUGUGGAUUUUUUUGAUGUCAAAGGAACAAAUCCCAAGAGUCUGAGUCGUGACCAAGCAGAGCUCCUUUUACUACUGGCUUUUUUUGAAUGUUCAAACUUGGCACUUGGACUUACAAAUCCAAGACACUCACAGAACUCAAAAAAAUUCUGCAUAAUUACAGCAAGAAUAAGAGUAUUCCUUCAAACACUUGUGGAGGAAAGAAGUUUAUGUUUAGGUCAGUUAUUUGAUUUAUUUAUUCACAUGAAUGUUAAUUUCUCCCUUUUUUGGAGAGUUUGUCUUGUAAAUAGACAGAAUUCAUAUGCAGACCUCUUCUUUUCAAGAGGUAUGAACGUCAGAUUGUGUACAAAAUACAUUCUUUAAAAAAAAAAAAAGAAUUUUUAUUUUUUUACACACUGGUGCAUUACGCAAAACCUCAGUGAACAAAAGGCAAAAAUACCAUACUGAGGAAACUUUCCAGUUGACCCAUGGCGACAGCAAGGACGGCAAACCCAGCACCCAUGAUAGGAAUGAACAAACCAGCAAACGGGCAGUUCAGAGGCCAGACGGGGGUCCUCGCCGCAGGCCAACAGCCCAACGCCCUCCAGAAAAUGACCAGCAUUCCUCAUAGCAGUGGGGGCAUCAAGUUUGGUGAUGAUUGGAAGAAGUGCCUGGAGCUUCCUCCAAGAGACACCCGGAUGAGAACUUCGGAUGUGACAUCAACUAAGGGAAAUGAAUUUGAAGACUACUGCCUAAAGCGGGAGCUGCUUAUGGGGAUCUUUGAAAUGGGAUGGGAGAAACCGUCCCCUGUCCAGGAGGAAAGCAUCCCCAUCGCUCUGUCGGGCAGAGACAUUUUGGCUCGGGCCAAGAAUGGCACAGGAAAGAGUGGAGCGUACCUCAUCCCCCUCCUGGAGAGGAUAGACCUGAAGAAGGAUCACAUACAGGCCAUAGUCAUGGUGCCAACAAGGGAGUUGGCCCUGCAGAUGAGCCAGAUCAGCAUCCAGCUCAGCAAGCACCUCGGCGGUGUGAAGGUCAUGGCUACCACGGGUGGCACCAAUUUGAGGGAUGACAUUAUGCGUCUUGAUGAGACCGUGCAUGUAGUGAUUGCUACACCAGGCAGGAUACUGGACCUUAUCAAGAAGGGUGUGGCUAAAAUGGAUAAAGCCCAAUUGAUUGUGAUGGACGAGGCAGAUAAGCUGCUCUCCCAGGACUUUGUGGUUCUGAUUGAAGAUAUAAUCAGCUUCAUGCCAAAGGAUCGUCAGAUUCUGCUCUACUCGGCCACGUUCCCCAUCAGCGUGCAGAAAUUCAUGAGCAAGCAUCUGAAGAAGCCGUACGAGAUCAACCUGAUGGAGGAGCUGACCUUGAAGGGCAUCACUCAAUACUACGCCUAUGUGACUGAAAGACAAAAAGUCCACUGUCUCAACACGCUGUUUUCUAGGCUUCAGAUCAAUCAGUCCAUCAUCUUUUGUAACUCAACCCAGAGGGUUGAACUUCUGGCCAAGAAAAUCACCCAACUGGGUUACUCGUGCUUCUACAUUCAUGCAAAGAUGAUGCAGGAAUACAGGAACCGCGUGUUCCACGACUUCAGGAAUGGAUUGUGCAGAAACCUGGUCUGCACAGACCUGUUCACUCGGGGAAUUGACAUCCAGGCAGUUAAUGUGGUCAUAAACUUCGACUUCCCCAAAAAUGCAGAGACCUACCUGCACCGCAUCGGACGAUCAGGGCGUUUUGGUCACCUGGGUCUGGCUAUCAACCUGAUAACUUCAGAAGAUCGCUACAACCUGAAGAAUAUUGAGGAUCAAUUGGUCACUGACAUUAAGCCCAUCCCCAGUAGCAUUGACAAGAGCCUGUAUGUGGCGGAGUUUCACUCCGUUGACCCAGAUGCAGACGACUGCGACGCUGGCGCAAAAAGCAAAGAACUCGGAGCGAUCUGAGUACACGGAGAAUCUCGGCGACUGGCAUUUGUCACGUAGUUUUGACGAGGCAUGACACAAGAUUCCAAGGAAGACUUUGUUCCCCAGUUUUACACCAGAAUGGUCUAAUUUAGAUUGAAUUGUAUUUUCCGUGUUGAGUUGACCGCAAUCUCUCCAGCUGUCUGUCAUAUGUUCGUAAACGGGCCUCUUUAAUGCGUUACCACAGAUGGUCACUGUCCUGAUGGCCCUCUCCACAAUAGAUGUGCGUUAUCAUCCUUUGUUCUUUGCUGUAAGAAUGAAAAUGUGAAACAACGGUUGAGUUACGGAGUCGAGCGCAGUAUCGUAAACUUGUGGCAGAUCGUUGAACAGAAACCCAUCCUUUUUUUCUUUUCUUCUUCAAUAAAUCUACAUUCUGUAGUUACUUUAUUAGAAGCAGCUGAAAGAUGGCCUGAACUUGUCAGGACACGGAUUUAAAAGUUUCGGGAAACAUUCCAUUUCUUUUUUAAACGCUGCUCAGUUUGGCUCAAUGUGCCAACAUGAAGCAGUUAAAAUCCCUAAUUACGGUGCCACCACCAGCCUGAACUUUCUGAGCCUGCGUUUGUCCCGGUGACCUCUGUCCAUCCAUCUGCCGAGUAGCUGAGCCCGUCUCCUCUGUCUGCACACCUCCGCUUCGUCAGGCGCCGGCUGUUCACCUCUGACCUCCCUCCCUCCCUCCCUCGCUCUCUAGGGAGGCGCUUUAGCAGUCGCCACUCGUGGGUGUUUUUUUUGUUUUGUUUUUUCCCCUCUUAUUGCGUGCAACCCGUAAAGACGUGUGAAAACCGGCCGGUCGGCACCAGCAAUCAUUCUACAGUCAAAUUUCUUCACUAUAAACAUGUUUUGUCAGAAUCUAUAGUUUUAUAGUUUUUUUAGCUUUGGUUCAAUGUCCCGGUAAAGCACCUGAAGCCAUUCUGCUGCUGGUGAAAUAGUUACUUUUUUGUAAGUCUUGAGGUUGUCAGUAAUUGAGAGAUGUGUUGAGGUGCUCCCCCUCCAAAGUGCCUUAGUGUAACGUCAAACCUCUUACUUUGCCCCGACUCCAGUCCCAGAUUUCUUGUUGGUAGAAUGGCACCCAAACAAUUCCACACAAGUUUCAGUUUUGAAAAAGCGCAUUUAAAUUCACAAAGAAUUAUUUUUAGUUUUCAUUUAGAAAAUCUCAUGACUAGUUGUCAGAGUAUAUUACAGCCUUGGACUUCUUGACUUAAGCACAAUAUAACGGAAGAUAAUGUAUUUUAAAAAUAAUACUGUGAACUGUCCAGCGACCUUUUUUUUCUUCUCCACGUGUUACGUUUUUGUUUCCCAAUUUUGUCAGACUCCGUACAGGCUUCGUCCAUUCAAAACCAUUUCCGCAGUCGGUGGGUUCAGACUAUUUUGGUGUAUUACUGUAUCCUUAACUCAAUGACCAGAUGCUUUAACUACAAAGACAAGCCACAAUUUUCUGUAAAAUGUGUCAAUGCCAGCGCCUGAAAUGCAUUAAACUCCAACUGAUUUGA